UAACCUCGCGAGAUUGGUACGUCGGAGGCGUUCCGGGCCAAGCAUGGCGGACUCAGAGGUGCUGCUCAGGCGGGUUCCGAGCCGCUCCUCCUGGCAGCGGGUUCGCAAGGCCCGGCCCCACCUCCUCCUCAGUCGUCGGGGCCGUCGCCGGUUUGGGGUCCUGACCCGGGGCGAGCUACGGCGCCUGCGACGGCGGCUGCUGCGGGCCCACGCCUUGGGCGGGGACUGGAAGCUGGGUGUCACCGCGGGCUCGCACGUGGCAGGAAAGUGCAAGGUCCGGAGCCGCAGCCGGCCCACGCCGGGCAGUCAGUCCGCGCCGGGCAGUCAGUCCGCGCCGGGCAGUCAGUCCGCGCCCCGCAGCCAGCCCGCGCCACGCAGUCAGCCCGCGCCACGCUGCCAGCCCGCGCCACGCAGCCAGCCCGCGCCACGCAGCCAGCCCGCGCCACGCAGCCAUUUCCAAACCCUGCCGGCGAACGUCACCCAACCCGUGCGGGACUUAGGCUCGGGCCGUGUGUUAGUGCUGCUGCCAGCCGGGGAGGGCUUUACUUUUAGUGGGAUCUGCCGCGUGACUUGCAUCUAUGGCCAGGUGGAAAUAUUCGGCCAUAUCAUCAAGCAAGGCCAGCCUGCUCAAGAUGUCUUUUCUGCCUAUACCCACUCUUACCUGACCAUCAGCGGGGUUCAGUACUCCGAACCUGAGAAAAGUGAAAAGGAGAUGAGAAGAGAGAUGCGGGCUCUGCUCAAGCCUCACAUGAAACUGGAUGACAGGAACUGGGUAGUUCAGUUCCUCCCUCCUCUGGGCUCCAUUCUGCUGCUGGAGCAGCUGAGGACCCCCGCUGUGGACUUCAUGAGCUCCUAUGAGUGUGCAUCUUAUGUCUUCCUGCAGGAGAAUACUCCUGUGCGGAUUAAUUCUGAGUAUAUAACUUUGAAGACGAUUGGUAUCAGAAGACAGAGGAAGAGGAAAGGCAUCUGCCUGAAUGACAGCGGCCUUUGUGCCCUGGAAGAGCUAGUCAGCGCAUCCUGUGUAGAUGGCUGCCCUGUCAUCCUGUUGUGUGGCGCUUGUGACACUGGAAAGUCAACGUUCAGUAGAAUACUGAUUAACCAGUUGUUGAAUAGCCUUCCUGGAGUUGACUAUCUGGAAUGUGACCUGGGGCAGACGGAGUUCACUCCUCCUGGCUGCAUUGCUUUACUUAACAUUACAGAACCACUGCUGGGACCACCUUACACCCACCCGAGGAGGCCACAGAGGAUGGUGUACUACGGGAAGAUGAAUUGUCAUAAUGACUAUGAGAAUUACAUCGAAAUAAUAAAAUACGUGUUCAGAGAUUACAAGAGAGAAUCCCCACUGAUCAUCAACACAAUGGGCUGGGUGAAAGAUGACGGACUGUUGCUGCUGGUUGACCUGAUCCGAUUGCUGUCUCCCAACUACGUUGUUCAGUUGUCUACUGGCCGGGGAAGCUUGAUGCCCUCUCUGACCUCAGACUAUGUGGAGCUCACAGAUGGCCUGUAUACAAAAAGCAAGAUCAAAAGGAGAUAUCGAGGUUUUGAAAUUGAAGAAUUGGAAGACAGUUUGGAAUUUACUGAUGAAGAGAAAGACUCUAGUCCAGUUCCGGUCUUCACAGGACAUAAGCUGAUAUGUGUUCACUCAGAAUUUUUAUGUGGUAAAAAUGAAAAAAAUAGGGCCAAAUACAACAGAAUUUUUCGAGAUCUGGCAGUGUUGGGUUACCUUAGCCAGCUGAUGCCUCCUGUGCCAGGGCCACAGAGCCCUCUACACAGCCUCACACCCUAUCAGGUCCCCUUCAAUGCAGUUGCUGUCCGGGUCACUCAUGCUGAUGUGGCCCCUGCCCACAUACUGUACGCCGUGAAUGCCAGCUGGGUUGGCCUUUGCAAGAUCCUGGACGAUAUGAAAGGAUACACUCGGGGGCCCAUCCUGCUUGCCCAGAACCCCAUAUGUGACUGUUUGGGCUUCGGUAUCUGCAGAGGCAUUGAUAUGGAGAAGCGGCUAUACCACAUCCUCACCCCUUUGCCUCCAGAAGAGUUGAAAACUGUGAACUGUCUGCUGAUUGGUGCCAUUACUGUUCCACAUUGUAUUUUCAAGAACCAGCCUGGGCCCGAAGGGACAAUUCCUUAUAUCACCACGGAUUAUAACUUUAAACUUCCUGGAGCCUCAGAAAAAAUUGGAGAAAGAGUGUAUGGAAAUGCAUUUCUUGGGUACAGAGCCUAUAAAAAAGGAAAAUAAAGCCUUGCUAUGGACAGAGACUUUUCUACCUGGGACCCUUGUCCUGAAGCCCUGAGGCAGCAGAUUUGGUGGGGCUUUAUGGCUGUGAGCAGCAAACUCAUGUCCAGUGUUGAUGUGACUGGAAAAUGUGCUGCGUAGGAAAUAGCUUUUCUCUUUCCUCUAAGACAAGGUCUCCUAUCUCUGUCAUCCAAGUGUGGCAUUACAGGCCUAUGUCACCACACCUGGCUUUCAGGCUUUUCUCCUCGGUUGUUUGAUCUCAAACUUGGCCUGGACUUCUCCACGACUGCCAUCCAGGGUGAGUGGAGCAUUUCCUUCAGAGCCAUCAAGCAGCAAGGAAGGCUGUGCUCGCCGUCAGACAGGAAGUGCGUGUCCCUCUUGUGGCGCUAAGGACCUGACUGUCGGACUCGGGAUAAAAUUUGGAAAACCAGGGCCACAAAAAUGUUCCACAUCCGGGUGGUGGUGGUGGCGCACACUUUUAGUCCCAGCAUUCGGGAGGCAG